AUGGCGCACUCUCCGCUCACAGGAAGCCGCUCCACGGAUGAGGCACAGGGGAGAGCGAAACACCGGGAGCGGGUCACGGUGCAGCCAGGGGCGUCCCACGGGCCCGAGGAGCGAGGGGCGGACGCACGGACGGACACAGGGACACGCGGACACAUGGGCGGGCGGACACACGGACACGCAGACCCACGGGCGGACACACGGGCGGCCGGAGCGCGGCGCCGCCACAGGGCCCUCACCCCGUCACGAAUCGCCCGCCGCCGCCGCAGCCAAUCAGCGCGCAGCUUGCCCGCGGCAGGCCAAUCAGAGCUCCCCUCAGAGACGGCCCGGCGGAACAGCCAAUGGCAGCGCGCCCUCGUUCCCCUCCCGCUGGGCCGGCCGGAGGCGGCGGGGCCGGGCUGGGUCACAGGUCCGGGCGGGCGCUGCGGCAGCGGCAGCGGGCUCUGCGGAGCCGCCCCUCUGUGGAGCCGCCCCUCGUGGCAGCGGGGCCCGCGGCUCGGAGUGGCGCUUCCUGGAACUCGGGGUCGCGGCUGUGGCGCCCGCGCCCUUCGCUUCCGGGGUGCGGGGCGCGAAGGAGGCGGGAAUAGCGCCCCAGGGGACACGGGAUUGGCUGGCAGCCCUCCCGCGGGUGGGCGGGGCUGGCAGAUCGCUUCUUCUCAUUGGCUGUGUGCCGUGCCCGUCGCGCAGCGCCGCGCGGCCAUUGGGCGGCGGCCGUGGCCGUGGCGCGGCGGCGGCGGCGCGCGGGGGAAGAUGUCGGGCGGCGACGCGAAGAAGCUGGUGCGCUCCCCCAGCGGGCUGCGCAUGGUGCCCGAGCACCGCGCCGCCCGCAGCCCCUUCGGCCUGGACGAGCCGCCCUGGGUGCCCGACAAGGAGUGCCCAAGAUGUAUGCAGUGUGAUACAAAAUUUGACUUCAUAACUAGAAAGCAUCACUGCCGAAGGUGUGGGAGGUGUUUCUGUGACAAGUGCUGCAGUAAAAAAGUGCCUCUGCCUCGCAUGUGCUUCGUGGACCCCGUGCGCCAGUGCGCCGAGUGUGCCCUGGUCUCGCAGAAGGAGACCGAGUUCUACGAUAAACAGCUCAAAGUGCUCAUGAAUGGUGCUACAUUCUUUGUAACUCUGGGAACAUCUGAUAAAUCUGAGCUCAUGGUUUGUCGGCUUUCCAAUAACCAGAGAUACCUGGUUUUGGAUGGAGACAGCCAUUAUGAAAUUGAAAUUAUACAGAUUUCAACUGUUCAGAUACUUACAGAGGGAUUUACUCCUGGAGAAAAAGAUAUUCACACUUACACCAGCCUUCUGGAGAGCCAGCCUGUUACUGAAGGUGGCAACACUCGUGCUGUAGGAAUGAUCCUGCAGUACAAGGUACCAGGGUCGGAGGAGGUGAUGCAGAUGAAGUUUACUGCCGGUGAAGACUUCAGCUGUAACAAGAAGCUGUCAGCAGCCUGGCUGGCAGCUAUGCAUAAGGCAACAAAACUUCUCUAUGAGUCUCGGGACCAGUGAGAACUGCAGAUGUGGCCUCCUGAGGGCACACACAGACACCAGCCUCCACAGACCUGUCUCUCACUUUUUAUGCUGAUUUGACAGCUGGCAAUAUUUGCUGUUCUUGACUUUCUCUCAUUCCAGUGUGGUUCAUUAUGUAAGAACUGGCAAAUUCAAUGUGAGUAUUUUUUUGAACCAUGAGUAUUCACGGUAGUGUGCAAUAUGUAUACAGUUAAUGCUUUAAACAGCCUCACCUUUUAAGACUUUGUAUAUUUUGUUAAGCCUUUACUGGCACUUAAUAUGAAAGUGACCUGCACUACAGCUAAUGUACAGCACAACUUUUAUAGUAACCAUUAUAUAUACUGUUUGCUACAGGAAGCAAACAAAUGUGUAUGUCUCUUCUGCAGAGAAUAGCUUUUGGGUAUAGAUCUCAGGUUUUUCCCUCUAUCCAAAUGUUUAAAAUCAAUGUAAAAAAAUAAAUCUGCUUUAGAUAUGAUUUUAUAGAAAUCACAUGGAUUUUUUUAAACAUUUAAAUAUUUCACCAAAUACCACCAAAUUUGACUUACAUGAACUUGACCUUGAAACUUCUGUAAUAAGCUUCCAGAAUAAUUUUUAGUUUUGUAUUUUCUUUUUUGGUAACUAGCUUUUGUUAUUCUAACUGUAAUGCUAUCUGAAAUUGUAUACAAUUUAAUGUACAAACAUGAAUAAAUUAAUUCACUUAUUUAAAAAAAAA